GUUCAGUGGGACCGAAGCGAGCUGGAGGAAGAAAGCGCCCCGAAAGAUACAGAUGCAUCCCAUGUGCCAAAACCUAUGUCACAUCGUUAGGAUCGAUGCGGGCUCACGAGGAUGCCCACCUGAAUGGCGACAUAAUCAAAGUGUCCAAGAUAAAGAAACGCGCGCGAGACAGUGGCCUACUAGGUGCAAUCCGCAACGAGUACAGACCUGAACACCAUGCAUUCAACGAGAAAUCAGGCAGACAUCACUCCGGACCAGAUGCACUGCUGUGUGAGAUACGGGUGCCAGAUGAGCUGUGGAACGAUGUGCAUAAGACGAGAAUAACUUGCAAAAAGUGCGCAAAAUGGCAGAUCGACUUGUGUCAAAAAACAUUGUCCCUGAGACAGCAGUCCAAGCGAGUGGACUUCUACAGAUCGCACGUUCAAAAAUGCAAAGGAAAAAGGAAAGAGGAGUAG